CGACUCAGGUAGCGCCGUUCACUUGGACGGAACCAUCAUCGCGGUCCCCGUUCUUUAGUCUCGAGAUGGUUGCCCGCGGGUAAAGUUCUCUCCAUUAUAUUGGCCGCAGUGUGGUGACCCGGACUCGAAUAUUAUUCGCCAAAAUUCUCGUCCGUGAUACGGGAAAAACAUCCCCCCCUCGGUUAUUGCAAGUGACGUGGUCAGGGGUGGAGAGUGCAGAGGACCUUCUUCUUCCGACAGCGUUCACCGUUUCGUUCUUUAUUUUCAACUGAUUUACACGACGGAGUGUUGCAGCCGAUUCGCGGUUCUACCGAACGCACGUUUUGAGAUACCAGAGUAUUAAAUUUGAAUGCAAUAUAUUGUACAGUGGUGGGUGAAAUCGAUCCUUCGGUUUUGCUGCAACGCGCUGCAGGUACAACAGGCUGAGUGUUAAUGUGCUCAAAUAAAGGACCGUAACCCAGGAUCUAGACUAGCGCCAAAGAAACAAAUAUGCUGAUUAGAGAAUUGGCGACCAUCUGGUUCGCCAUCCUCUUAUCAUCCUCACUGAACUUCCGGCCGUCCGAUGCCCAGGCUUCGGCGUCGAACAUAUUCACGUGUCCAAAUGGAUGGGAGCUGAGGGGUAUUCACUGCUACAAAUUCUUCAACAUCAGGCAUUCUUGGGAAAAAUCAGCCGAGCUAUGCAGGAGGUACGGCAGCGAAAUGAUGGUCGUCGAGUCCUACGCGGAGAACAACAUGACCGCUGGUAUGGUCGGUCGCAAUUUGAACAACUUCUGGCUCGGUCUCGCCUCUCUCGACGAUCUCAGAACCAACACCCUGGAAUCGGCCGCUGGAAUGCUCGUCUCUCAAUAUGCUGGUUUCUGGGCUCUAAAGCAGCCAAAUCCGCAGUCCGGGGAAUGCGUUGACGUUUCGAUCUCCGACGAGCAGCAAUCCUGGGCGUUGACCACGUGCGAGUCCUUGUUGCCAUUUAUGUGCCGAGCUCGAGCUUGUCCUGCAGGGUCUUUCCACUGCUCGAAUGGAAAGUGCAUAAACUCGGCUUUCAAGUGCGACAAACAAGACGACUGCGGUGAUCUGUCCGAUGAACUUGACUGCCCGGCAAAUUGUCAGUUCUACAUGGCCAGCAGCGGAGACGUCGUCGAGAGUCCGAAUUACCCGCAGAAAUACGCGCCACUCAGCAACUGCAAAUGGACUCUGGAAGGACCUCAAGGUCACAACAUUCUUCUGCAGUUCCAAGAGUUUGAGACCGAGAAGAGUUUCGACAUCGUUCAAAUUUUAGUCGGUGGAAGAACCGAAGACAAGUCUGUAAACCUAGCAACCUUGUCUGGAAAGGAAGACCUAAGCAGCAAGCUGUUUGUAUCGGCAUCGAAUUUUAUGAUCAUCAAGUUCAGCACUGACGGAUCAGUAGAAAGAAAAGGAUUCCGCGCGUCAUGGAAAACCGAGCCUCAAACAUGCGGCGGUACUCUGAGGGCCACUCCUCAAGGACAACAACUCACUUCACCGGGCUACCCCCAAAACUACCCUGGAGGAUUAGAGUGUCUCUACAUCAUUCAGGCCCAGCCUGGAAGGAUUAUAUCUUUGGAGAUCGAGGACCUGGACUUGGAAAUGAAUCGGGAUUACAUGCUGAUCAGAGACGGAGACUCGCCCAAGAGUCGAUCAGUGGCAAGGCUGUCAGGUGACAUUGACAACAACCCACGCGUAAUUAUGUCAACGGGAAAUCAGCUUUACCUUUACUUCAAAACCAGUCUUGGAGACUCCAAACGUGGUUUCAACAUUCGGUACACCCAGGGAUGCAAAGCGACAAUAGUAGCAAGGAAUGGCACCGUCGAAUCGCCGUCUUACGGUCUCAGCAAUUACCCCAACAAUCAGGAGUGCCUUUACAAAGUGAGGAACGUAGACGGUCGACCACUGUCGUUAAAGUUUGACAGCUUCGAUAUCCACAAGACGGACGUGGUCCAGGUUUAUGAUGGGUCGAACACAAAUGGCCUGCGACUUCACUCGGGAAACGGUUUCACUUCGAGCACCAGACCAAGGAUCACACUGACCGCUGAAAGUGGAGAGAUGCUGAUUAGAUUCGUUUCCGACGCUCUGCAUAGCGGUCUCGGAUGGCAGGCUACUUUCUCCGCAGACUGCCCACCACUUCAGCCAGGCGAAGGAGCACUGGCGUCGAAUCGAGACACAGCCUUCGAAACGGUAGUGACAUUCUCGUGCCCGUUGGGUCAGGAAUUUGCAACUGGAAAGUCGAAAAUUUCCACCGAAUGUCUGCCAGGCGGCAAUUGGUCUAUAACGUAUAUCCCAAAAUGCCAGGAGGUCUACUGCGGACCCGUUCCUCAGAUCGACAAUGGAUUUUCCAUCGGUUCGACUAAUGUUACGUACAGAGGACUCGCCACUUACCAAUGCUACGCCGGCUUCGCAUUCCCUACCGGCAGACCUGUGGAGAAGAUUUCAUGUCUGGCUGAUGGUCGAUGGGAAAACAAACCCUCUUGCUUGGCUUCUCAAUGCGCUCCACUGCCGGAAGCUCCACAUGCGAAUAUGACGAUAUUGAACGGAGGCGGGCGCAGUUACGGUACAAUUGUGAGAUUCGAGUGCGAACCAGGUUAUAUUAGAACCGGACAUCCUGUAAUCCUCUGCAUGAGUAAUGGCACCUGGUCUGACGAUGUUCCAAUAUGUUCCCGUGCACAGUGCCCAAUAUUACCCGUUGUCAACAAUGGCUUCAUUGUUGACAUGUCGAAGGAAUAUUUCUUCACUGACGAAGCUCGUGUUCAGUGUAACAGAGGAUACAAGCUGACCGGUAACAACAUAAUCGACUGCGGUCCCAACCAGAAGUUCAACAACGUUCCAACUUGUGAAGACAUCAACGAGUGUGCUUCAAGUCAGUGCGAUCUGGCCUCUACCGAGUGUGUCAAUACUCCCGGAGCAUUUAGCUGCAAGUGUAAGAGUGGUUUUGCGGCAACAAUGGAUUGCCGACCGGUUGGCGAUCUGGGAUUAAUAAACGGCGGUAUUCCUGACGAUUCUAUAACGGUUUCAAGCUCGGAGAACGGAUACUCAAAGAACGGUGUCCGUUUGAACAACGGAGGCGGUUGGUGCGGGAACAGCGUCGAGCCUGGAGCGAACUGGGUAAUGAUCGACAUGAAGGCACCGACGAUAAUUCGCGGCUUCCGGACUCAGAGCGUGGUCAGAACUGACGGAAACAUUGCAUUUACGUCCGCGGUGAGAAUUCAGUACACCGAUGAUCUGACGGACACCUUCAAGGACUACACGAAUCCGGACGGAACAGCCGUUGAGUUUAGAAUUCUGGAGCCGACUUUAUCGGUUCUGAAUUUGCCGGUUCCAAUCGAAGCGAAGUACAUCAGGUUCCGCAUACAGAGCUACGUAGGCGCUCCGUGUGUGAAACUGGAAGUUAUGGGCUGCACUCGGCUCGAAUGUAGUGACAUCAACGAGUGUGCAGUCGACAACGGUGGGUGCGAUCAGAAGUGCAUAAACACACCAGGCGGUUUCUCGUGCGGUUGUAACACUGGCUUUGAGCUGUACAAAGCGAAUGGAACCGCUGGUUUUUACGUUGAAAAAUCUGAAGACGGUCUGCGUGACGGUGACAUUUAUCAAAAGAAUAAAACCUGCGUUCCUGUUAUGUGCGCGCCACUGCCUCCCCCAGAGAAUGGAAAAAUCUUGUCCACCAAGUCACAAUACCACUUCGAAGAUGUCAUUAGAUUCCAAUGCAACUUUGGAUAUGUUCUGUCAGGUUCAACUGCAGUGGUUUGUACCUCGACUGGUAUGUGGAAUGGUACUACACCUGAAUGUCAAUAUGCGAAGUGUGUAUCUCUGCCGGAUGAUAAGAACGAAGGUCUUACGGUGAUUCGUUCGAACGAAGCGAGCGUGUUGGUACCGUUCAAGGAGAACGUUACUUUGACUUGCAGUAACAACGGUCGCUUAUUGAGAAACACAGCAACUUCUGGCUUCCGUCAAUGCGUCUAUGACCCCAAGCCAGGUUUACCAGACUACUGGCUUUCCGGUCUUCAGCCGGCAUGUCCUCGUGUUGAUUGUGGUAGACCUCAGCCGACACCUGGUGCCGAGUACGGAAAAUACUUGGAUACUAAAUACCAAUCAUCAUUCUUCUUCGGAUGCCAAAAUACAUUCAAGCUAGCUGGUCAGACCAACCGAAACGACAACGUGGUACGUUGUCAAGCUAACGGCGUCUGGGAUUUUGGCAACCUGCGUUGUGAGGGUCCAGUUUGCGAAGACCCUGGAAGACCCAGCGACGGUAUACAGAUAUCUCGCAGCUAUGAGCAAGGUUCUGAAGUUCAAUUCGGCUGCAACAGACCAGGAUAUAUCCUGAUAAACCCACGACCUAUAGCUUGCGUAAGAGAGCCGGAAUGCAAGGUGGUAAAGCCUCUGGGUUUGGCGUCUGGCCGCAUACCUGACUCCGCGAUAAAUGCAACUUCAGAGAGGCCAAAUUACGAGGCGAAAAACGUGAGGCUUAAUUCGGUGACAGGAUGGUGUGGCAAGGAGCAACCAUUUACCUACGUCAGCGUUGAUCUCGGCCAAAUAUACAGAGUCAAGGCCAUCCUCGUGAAGGGUGUCGUUACUAAUGAUAUAGUCGGAAGACCAACGGAAAUUCGUUUCUUCUACAAGCAGGCGGAAAGCGAGAACUACGUUGUGUAUUUCCCGAAUUUCAAUCUGACUAUGCGCGAUCCAGGAAAUUAUGGAGAACUGGCCAUGAUCACACUGCCCAAGUACGUUCAGGCGCGUUUUGUCAUCCUCGGAAUAGUCAGUUAUAUGGACAACGCAUGUCUCAAAUUUGAACUGAUGGGCUGUGAGGAACCCGCCGUCGAACCACUCCUUGGAUAUGACUAUGGAUAUUCUCCGUGCGUCGAUAACGAGCCCCCAGUGUUCCAGAACUGCCCUCAGCAGCCUAUAAUGGUCCAAAAGGGAUCCGACGGUGGUUUAUUACCGGUAAACUUCACGGAGCCAACGGCAGUCGACAACAGCGGUAGCAUUGCUCGCCUUGAAGUAAAGCCACAGAAUUUUAAAACACCAAUUCAAGUUUUCAACGACAUGGUAGUCAAAUACGUAGCAUUUGAUUACGACGGCAACGUAGCAAUCUGUGAAGUGAACAUUACGGUACCUGAUGUAACGCCACCCAAGCUGAGUUGUCCACAGAGUUACGUGAUUGAGCUUGUCGAGAGGCAAGAAAGCUACACCGUAAACUUCAACGAAACUCGUAGGCGUAUCAAUUCUUCGGACGCUUCUGGACCAGUGAAAAUAACUUUUGUACCGGAUCGUGCCAUCAUACCAAUUGGCGGUUUUGAGAAUGUCACUGUCUUCGCUACAGACUCUUCUGGAAAUAGAGCUUCUUGCCAUUUCCAAGUUUCGGUACAAGCCACACCAUGCGUUGAUUGGGAAUUGAAACCACCAGCCAACGGUGCACUCAAUUGUCUACCUGGCGACAAAGGACUCCAAUGUAUCGCCACUUGCAAACAAGGUUUCAGGUUUACUGACGGUGAACCCGCGAAGACUUACAGCUGUGAUGCGAAAACUCGCUGGUCACCUUCUUCCCUCGUUCCCGAUUGCGUCUCAGAAAACACACAGCAGGCCGAUUAUCACGUCGUUGCUUCAAUCACGUACCGCGCCAAUGGGGCUGUCACCAGAACAUGCCUUCCACAGUAUCAGGACCUAAUGGCUCAGUAUUACGUUAAUUUGAACACCCUUUUGACGCAGAGAUGUUCCGCGGUUAAUGUCAACAUGAAUGUGACGUUCAUUAAAUCCAUGCCAACUCUUAUCGAAGAAAACGUUCUGAAGAUGGACUUCAUAGUGGCAAUCGUUCCCGCAGUUCGUCAACCCCGAUUGUACGACUUUUGCGGUUCAACCCUGAACUUGAUCUUUGAUUUAUCAGUACCUUACGCGAGCGAAGUGAUAGGUCCGCUAUUGAACGUGUCAUCCAUAGGAAACCAGUGUCCACCAUUAAGGGCGCUAAAAUCUUCAGUAAGCAGAGGAUUCACAUGCAGUGUUGGCGAAGUGUUGAACAUGGACACAAAUGACGUACCUCGCUGCCUCCACUGUCCAGCCGGUACGUUUGCCGGGGAGAAGCAAAAGCAGUGUACAUAUUGCUCCAAGGGUUACUACCAGAACAGCGACCGCCAGGGUUCCUGUCUGCGUUGUCCAUUCGGCACAUACACUAAGGAAGAAGGGUCCAAGAGUAUUGAUGAUUGCAUCCCAGUUUGUGGGUACGGAACAUAUUCCCCGACGGGUCUGGUGCCGUGUCUUGAAUGUCCGCGAAACAGCUACACUGGUGAACCCCCGAUCGGAGGAUACAAGGACUGUCAGCCCUGUCCAGCGAGCAGCUUCACGUACCAGCCGGCAGCGACAGGCAUAGAUAGAUGCCGUCCAAAAUGCUCACCAGGAAUGUAUUCAGACACUGGAUUGGCGCCAUGCGCUCAGUGCCCGAAGGACUUUUACCAGCCACAACACGGGGCCACAACAUGUCUCGAAUGCCCGACAAACAUGUACACGGAGAGAAGUGGCGCCCUGGGUCGCGAGGAGUGUAAGCCGGCUCAGUGCACCCCAACUGCUUGCCAGCAUGGAGGACUUUGCGUACCGAUGGGUCACGGUAUCCAAUGUUUCUGUCCGGCCGGAUUCUCAGGUCGCCGUUGCGAGAUCGACAUAAACGAGUGCGCUUCUGAACCGUGCUACAAUGGCGCCAGCUGCAUCGAUCUUCCUCAGGGCUAUAGGUGCCAGUGCGCUAACGGAUACUCGGGUAUAAAUUGUCAGGAGGAAAAGUCCGACUGUCGUAAUGACACCUGUCCCGAGAGAGCAAUGUGCAAGGACGAGCCUGGCAUAAAUAACUACACCUGCCUGUGUCGGUCUGGUUACACCGGCGUCGAUUGCGAUAUUACGAUAAAUCCUUGCACGGCUAAUGGAAAUCCCUGCAACAACGGGGCAACUUGUGUGGCUCUUCAGCAGGGCAGAUUCAAGUGCGACUGUCUGCCUGGAUGGGAAGGACAAAGUUGUGAAAUAAAUACCAACGACUGCGCCGAGAAGCCUUGUCUCCUUGGAGCAAACUGCACCGACCUGGUUGCCGACUUUAUGUGCGACUGCCCGCCAGGAUUCACGGGUAAACGUUGCCACGAGAAGAUAGAUUUGUGCUCAGGAAAUCCCUGCCUGAACGGUAUCUGCAUAGACAAGUUAUUCAGACACGAGUGCAUCUGUCAUCCAGGAUGGACUGGUCCGGCCUGCGAAACAAACAUAAAUGAAUGCGCUAGUAAACCGUGUCGUAACAACGGUCAGUGCAUCGAUAACAUAGAUGGUUAUACCUGCACUUGCGAGCCUGGCUACACAGGUAAACAGUGCCAGCACACGAUCGACGAUUGCGCAUCUGAACCUUGUCAGAACGGUGCAACUUGCGUUGAUCAGUUAGAUGGAUUUGUAUGCAAAUGCAGACCAGGUUUUGUUGGCCUGCAAUGCGAAGCAGAGAUCGACGAGUGUCUCAGCGACCCUUGCAACCCAGUUGGUACCGAUCGUUGCGUUGAUCUGGACAACAAAUUCAUUUGUCAAUGUCGCGAGGGUUUCACUGGAGCCACCUGCGAAGUCAAUAUCGAUGAUUGUGCGUCUUAUCCGUGCUUGAACGGCGCCUCGUGCAGGGACGAUGUAGGUGGUUACAAGUGCAGCUGCCUCGACGGAUGGGCCGGUGCCAACUGCGAGUUUGACAUUGGCACUUGCCAGAAUCAUCCCUGUCAAAACGAUGCCAACUGUAUAGAUUUAUUCCAAGACUAUUUCUGCGUAUGCCCGUCCGGAACAGAUGGAAAGCAAUGUGAGACAGCACCCGAGCGCUGCAUCGGUAAUCCCUGUAUGCAUAAUGGUCGUUGCCAGGACUUUGGGUCUGGACUAAAUUGCUCAUGCCCCGAGGACUACACCGGUAUCGGGUGCCAGUAUGAAUACGAUGCCUGCCAAGCUGGCGCAUGUCAGAAUGGCGCUACCUGUAUAGACAUUGGCCCGAGUUUCACCUGUAUUUGUCCUCCGGGAUACACAGGUAAAAAUUGCGCCGAGGAUAUAGUCGAUUGCAAAGAGAACUCCUGCCCGCCGUCAGCAACAUGCAUCGACUUGACUGGAAAGUUCUAUUGCCAGUGUCCUUUUAACCUGACCGGUGAUGAUUGUAGAAAAACUAUACAGGUUGACUACGACCUUUACUUCACGGACCCAACCAGGAGCAGCGCCUCGCAAGUCAUACCAUUCUUUACGGGGGCCAAGAAGAGCAUAACCAUCGCAAUGUGGGUGCAAUUUACGCAGAAGGAUGAAGCUGGUAUUUUCUUUACAUUAUACAGUGUCAGCUCUCCACACGUUCCAAUGAAUCGUCGACCAAUGGUCCAGGCGCACAGUAACGGUGUCCAGGUGUCACUGUUCCCAGAUCUCCAGGAUGUAUACCUUUCAUUCAAAGAGUACGCAACGAUAAAUGACGGACAGUGGCAUCACGUUGCGAUUGUAUGGAACGGCGAUAACGGUGGUGAACUUAUCUUGAUCACAGAAGGAUUGAUCGCAAGUAAAACAGAAGGCUAUGCAAGCGGCAGAGUUCUUCCACCUUACGGUUGGACGGUGCUUGGAAAACCCUUGACCGAGAACACCAAAGGUUACACGGAAUCCGGCUUCCAGGGUCACUUGACCAAGGUGCAGGUCUGGGGCCGCGCUCUUCACGUUACGAACGAAAUCCAGAAACAGGUACGCGACUGUCGCACAGAGCCCGUCCUGUACCAGGAUCUAAUCCUGACGUGGGCUGGAUACGACGAGAUCGUCGGCGGCGUAGAAAGGGUGGUUCCGUCUCACUGCGGACAGAGAGUGUGUCCGAACGGAUACAGCGGUAACAAAUGCAAGCAGCUUGAGGUGGAUAAGGUUCCUCCAAAGGUUGAACAUUGCCCUGGUGACCUGUGGGUUAUCGCCAAGAACGGAUCGGCGAUAGUCACAUGGGAUGAGCCGCACUUCAGCGACAAUGUUGGAGUUACAAAGAUCCAGGAGAAGAGUGGUCACAGAUCAGGUCAAACCCUCCUCUGGGGAACCUAUGAGAUUAGUUACAUUGCUUACGACCAGGCAGCAAACUCCGCCACGUGUAAUUUCAAGGUCUACGUUUUGUCUGAAUUUUGCCCAGAGUUAGAUGACCCUGUAGGCGGAAGCCAACAGUGCAAAGAUUGGGGAUCUGGUGGUCAGUUCAAGGUAUGCGAAAUAUUCUGUAACGCUGGCCUUAGGUUCUCGCAGGAAGUUCCUUCCUUCUAUACUUGCGGAGCCGAAGGAUUUUGGCGACCAACGAAUAACCCAACACUGCCGCUGAUCUAUCCAGCGUGUACAAGUGCCACUCCGGCUCAAAGAGUAUUCAAGAUAAAGAUGAACUUCCCUACCUCUGUUCUCUGCAACGAAGCUGGUCAAGGUGUUCUCAAGCAGAAGGUCCGGAACGCCGUAAACUCCUUAAACAGGGAUUGGAACUUCUGUUCUUACGCUUUCGAAGGAACUCGAGAGUGCAAGAAUUUGAGCAUCGAUGUUCAAUGCGAUCACCGAGUACGCAGCACCAGGGAUGCGAACGAUGACGAUGGCGGCACUUACAUCAUUUCAGCUGCCGUACCUGCUGAAACAACGAGACAAGCGCGCCAAGGAAGCGAUACAUACGAAGUGGAGAUUUCGUUCCCAGCAAUAAACGAUCCAGUGCAAAACACGAAUUCGAACGAACGAGCGAACGUCCAAAAUCUCCUCGAAAAAUUGAUAUUGGAGGAAGAUCAGUUCGAUGUUCACGACAUCCUUCCUAACACUGUGCCUGAUCCAGCAUCUUUGAUACUUGAAUCCGACUACGCCUGUCCGAUCGGACAAGUAGUAAUGGCACCUGACUGUGUACCAUGUGCUGUUGGAACCUUCUACGACGAGACGACGAAGUCCUGCAAGCACUGUCCAAUCGGAACGUACCAGAGUGAAGCAGGCCAACUGCGGUGCAGUUCAUGCCCAGUGAUCGCUGGAAGAUCCAGUGUGACGAUUGGACCCGGGGCUCGAAGUGCGGCCGACUGCAAGGAGCGAUGUCCAGCCGGAAAGUACUACGACGAUGGCGAUGGUCUCUGUCGCAACUGCGGUCACGGGUUCUUCCAACCGAACGAGGGAAGCUUCUCCUGCCAGCUCUGUGGACUUGGCAAGACAACGCGAACCGCCGUUGCCGUGUCCAGAGAAGAGUGCCGCGACGAGUGCGGAUCCGGUCAGCAGUUGGCCGUCGAAGGAAAGUGCGAACCCUGUCCUCGGGGAACCUACAGAAUGCAGGGAGUCCAAGCUGCCUGCCAGGCUUGCCCCCUCGGAAGGACGACUCCCAGCAUGGGAUCGGCGACCAUCGAGGAGUGCUCGCUGCCGGUCUGCAUCCCCGGAACGUAUCUGAACGGAACCCUGAACGAGUGCAUUCAGUGCAAGAAAGCCACUUACCAGUCGGAGACGCAGCAGACUUCCUGCAUCCCAUGUCCGCCGAAUACCAGCACCAAGGGUCCGGGUGCUACGAGCAAGGACGAGUGUACCAACCCUUGCGAAAUAAACGGCGAAGAGAUGCACUGCGAUGCGAAUGCCUACUGUCUCCUGAUGUCGGAAACCAGCGACUUCAAGUGCGAGUGCAAGCCUGGGUACAACGGUACCGGUGAAGAGUGUACCGAUGUCUGUAAGGGAUACUGCGACAACGAGGGAACCUGCGUCAAGGACAGCAGAGGCCAGCCAUCGUGCAGAUGUAUCGGAAGCUUCACUGGUAAACAUUGCACGGAGAAGUCGGAAUUCUUCUACAUCGCCGGAGGAAUCGCCGGUGGAGUUAUACUGAUCAUCAUCGUCGUACUCCUAGUAUGGAUGAUCUGCGUAAGGUCGUCACGCAAGAAGGAACCAAAGAAGAUGCUGACGCCUGCAACGGACCAGAAUGGUUCUCAAGUGAACUUCUACUACGGUGCACCGACUCCGUACGCCGAAUCAAUCGCUCCUUCUCAUCACAGCACUUAUGCUCAUUAUUACGACGAUGAAGAAGAUGGCUGGGAGAUGCCGAAUUUCUACAACGAAACUUACAUGAAGGAGAGUCUGCACAACGGUGGUAAAAUGAACAGUCUUGCAAGAUCCAACGCAAGUAUAUAUGGUACCAAGGAUGAUUUGUACGACAGACUGAAAAGACAUGCCUACCCGGGAAAGAAAGACAAAAGCGACAGUGACAGUGAAGGCCAGUGACUUUGAACGUUAAAUGUUAUGUAAGUUUUUUUUUUUUUUUUAAAUUAUAAGUUGUGUAAAAACAAUUAUGACGCAACUAGGUGAAAAACAUGCUCAACAACGAACAAUUAUUGUAAAAGUAUAUCCGUUCAACAUCAUGUAGAUUCUUUUACAUAUAUUAUACGUACAUUUUCAUUAGGACGAUAAACUGUAUUUAUUUUUUACGAGGAUCAUUGUAUUCGCUAGAAGUUUAUCAAAUUUUUCGCUUCUUUUAUAUUGUAUAUUUUUUCUUUGCCCUCUAUUUUAUAUAAAAAAAAAAAAAACAUUCAUUUAUCGCGACAAUGAAUAGAAUCAUGCAUUGUAUAGGCUUCAAGAAAUAAUAUGGAAGCAUAAGAUGAAAAGAUAUGUUUAAAUUCGGAUAAAUGAGAUACCUCAUAUUUUCGUUUUACAAAUUUGAUCAGUAAACUAUGAGUGAAUACAAUUCAAGUCCCGGAGUAAUGAUUGCACGCGACAAUCAUUACUUUGGCACGUCUUUUUAAUUUCUAUUGGUAUUUUCAUUAUCAUUUUUUUUUUUAAUUUAUUUUUUUUUCUUCUCUUGGCGAAUACGUAUCUAUUAUAAUAAUAGAUAUGUUUGUAAUAGAUUAGGCCAUUGAUUUUCUUUCUUCUAUCUUUUACCAAUUUGAUAAAUUCAUAACGGGAAAACUAGGAAAGUAGAAAUCUUGGAAUUUCAAGAUUGAAUAAACCGAGAACUGAACAUAUCCAUUACGCGAAGGGUUUUUUUUUCAUUUAAAACUCAUGUACAUCAGAAACAUGGUUACCGAAAUUUGUAACUUCAUGUUUGCACAAACCGCAUAUUUUUUAUCUAUAUAUUUUUUAUGUAAAUAUGAG